AGCGUAACUGUAGUGUCCUAACAUCCAACAAAAAUAGGUACACCUUCGAGAAAGAAAAUGAAAAAUUGAGGGCGGAAAGGAGAAAGACGAAAAAGGAUGAGUGGGGUGACAGCAGCAUCCCUGCAGUCCUGCUCAGUAAGUACGGCACCUCGUACUCCAUCAUCAAGAAUCCUCCGACAUCGUUCUGCUGUCGACCCAACUGCCUCAAUUCACCACCGCCGGCCCUUGUUUUCCUCCAACCUCAGGCUUGGGUUGCAUCAAUUUCCAAGAAUCAAUUUGAGUUGCAGCUGUUCUGGUGAUUCGGGUGACAAUGAGAGCAAAGCAAUUCUAGAUGCAUUUUUCUUGGGGAAAGCUGUGGCAGAAGCAGUUAACGAGCGCAUAGAGUCUGCUGUGGGCGAGUUUCUGAGCACAAUUGGCAGAUUGCAGGCAGAGCAGCAAAAGCAAGUGCAAGAAUUUCAGGAGGACGUGCUGGAGAAAGCUAGACGAGCCAAGGAGCAAGCUGCACGUGAGGCUAUGGAAGCGCGAGGACUCAUUCCAAAGUCUAGUGCAGUGGAGAUAUCAACGGUGAAUGGUGUUGCCUCAGCUGCGGCCUCUACCCCGGGUUCUGUAGACUCUGUGGACUCGUCCUUGGAAUCGAAGCCUCCCAGUGAAGAACCCCCAAAAGAGGAGUGAUUCUUAGUGAUACUGUUGUUGUAUUGUUACAUUCUCUAUUUAUAUUUCAUUGUCCAAGAAAUAAGUUUUAUGUGUACCUGUUUUGGCAGUAAUCGGGUUAUCAUGAUAUGGUUUGAUGGCAUUUGAAAGAAUUGCAAACUCUCAUGGUAAAGUUGAAAUAUUUGCAAGGAGCAAGUGCGACGAGGAAUUAAGGUGUUUGUGUGUUUAUAAA